AUGUGCAGAGCCGACAUCUACAGCACAAGGGAGAGGGAGAGGUUUCAGCACCACGGAGGUGGACAGCGCCACACAGGCGGACAGCAGCUGCUGCUGCAGCCUCAAGCGCUCAUCAGAAACUGCCGGCUAACGCACUCCACACCUCAGCGCAAACGCAGGGGUGUCCUUUCUUCUCGACCCGUCACCACACACAGACAGCUACGCCGUCGCAGAAGCACAUCCCUUCCGCCCUGUGGAAGUGGUACAGUCCUGCCCGUGAGUCAGCUUGUUUCCAUGGCAACAAAGCCCACCUCACUCUCAUCCCACCCUGCUGCCUUCUGCACCUCGUCUCACUAA